AGAUUGUAAAGCUCGGUUCUACAUAAAGUUUGUUUCAUCCAUGAGAACAUUGUAUUUGUAUCCAAUGUAGAUUUGUUAAAAUUUAAUUUCAAAGUUAAAUCUAAAUUCUAGAUGGCAAGGGUCGAUACUUUUUUAAUAUUAAAGUUUUGGCUGAUUUGUUUCCUUCAAAAUGAAUCAAAUAGGGUUAAAAUAAAUUAUUGUAAAACUUCUUUCCUUUAAAUCAGAAAUUAUAAACAUGUUGUUUUAGAUACCAAUAAUAUAUAUGAGAGUUUCUCAAAUAAAAAAGUGAAUUUAAUCUCUGUAUUCUGUCUAAUUGUAUCUUCUCUAUAUAUCCAAAUGCAUUCUCUCGAGCUAUCCGCCCUGAGACGAAACCAAACCUCUCCCAUUCCUAAUCUUAUCCCGGAGCACAAACCAUCCCACAGUUAUAACAGGCACUCGGAGCAAACCAGAGAUGGAAGACUCAGGGAGCAACCAGGGGUAAGACGGAUUACUGAAAAACCCGGAGUGGGACGGAGUCUUGAGUAUCCUACUAAGCCUAGAAGCAGGACUAUUGAGAGAUAUCCUGCCGGGACCUGGUUCAAGGAGGAGAGGGAGGCAGAGGGACAUGAUAGAGACAAGGAGGGUGAUGAAGGGGGGAGAAGAAGGAUAAAUGAAGGAGAGGGGGGAGCUAGACGAAAUCGGUUUCAAGAAGAUCACGGUAAAUCUACUAGGGUCACUGAUCCAAGUGAAAAUGAGAAAUUAAACGCCAAGGAGGGAAGGUUACUGUUGGUAGUUGAUAAGUCUGGCAGAAAGCAAAUAAUGUCAGCAGAACCAGUUGAAGCUCCUAUUUUUCCAAGGUAA